UUCAUUCUUUUUAAAAUUUAUGUCAAAAUUCAUUCUCUUCACUUCACCAUCAUCCUCAUCGCCGCUCCAAGCUUCUUCUAGGGUUAUCAGUCACCACCAUCAUCAUCCUCAUCCCUGGUUAACGUCGCUCCAAGCUUCAAGGCACCGCCAUCAUCCUCAUCGCCAUCCUUCACCGCCUCUCUCGGUUGAAAAUUUUGCAAAUAGCAAUACGAUGAGUGAUUCACAGCUUCAUGAUGAUGAAGAAGACAACAAUGAUGUUUUCAUUGACCAAUCUGAUAUCAUCCAUGAAGUUGCCUUGGACGAUGAAGUUCUUCCAGAAGCUUGUGACCCCAAUUCGGACUCUGAUUCCGAAAUCGAGGAGGUCGACGACUCUGAUCACAUAUUCACCGGUCAUACUGGGGAAUUAUAUGCAGCUGCCUGCAGCCCGACAGAUAUGGCACUGGUGGCAACAGGAGGUGGUGAUGAUAAAGGAUUUCUCUGGCAGAUCAACAAUGGAGAUUGGGCUUCUGAGCUUAAUGGUCAUACUGAUUCUGUAUCUAGUUUAGGUUUUAGCCACGAUGGAAAGUUUCUGGCAACAGGAAGUUUUGAUGGAACUGUUAAAAUCUGGGAUGUAGCUGGAAAUCUAAAAGGCACCCUUGAUGGACCCGAAGGGGGUGUUCAGUGGCUUAGGUGGCAUCCAAGAGGGAACGUACUCAUUGCUGGUUUUGAUGAUUCCUCCACGGUUUGGAUGUGGAAUACAGAUAAUUUUGCCUUCCUUAUGUCAUUUAAUGGUCAUGCUAGCGGUGUCACAUGUGGUGAUUUUACUCCCGACGGGAGAACAAUAUGUACUGGUUCUGACGAUGCAACCUUGAGAAUAUGGAACCCAAAAACUGGAGAAAGCAUUCAUGUUGUGCGAGGUCAUCCAUACCAUACAGAGGGAUUAACGUGUUUAGCAAUAAAUUCAACUUCAACUAUUGCUCUUACUGGUUCCCAAGAUGGAUCUGUGCAUUUUGUGAAUAUCACUACCGGAAGAGUUGUUAGUUCUGUGCCUUCUCAUUCAAGUUCCAUUGAGUGUGUUGGGUUCGCACCAAGUGGUACCUGGGCUUUAAUCGGAGGCAUGGAUAAAAUGACCAUCUGGGAUAUAGAAUAUUCCUUAGCCCGAAGCACUUGUGAGCACGAGUAUGGAGUAACAUGUUUGACAUGGCUUGGUGCAUCCUAUGUGGCUACCGGAUCUAUGGAUGGAGCUGUGAGAUUAUGGGAUAGUCGGUCUGGUGAAUGUGUCAAAGUGUUCAGAGGACACUCUGAAGGCAUUCAAACUCUUUCUUUGUCUGCCAAUCGCGAGUACCUUGUCUCGGCUUCUUUAGAUCAUACAGCUCGUGUUUUUGAGGUUAAAGAUUUCUGUUAAUCAAAGCCCUUCUUUCUCGGCACACCUCCAUAUAUAAGUCCUUGAGGACAGUGGGCGGUACUCUACAUAUGCCAUAUUGUUAUUUUAUGUCAUGUUGUGGUGGAGCAGAACACUCUUGUAUAAGGUUAUGAAUAAUCUAUAUUUACAAGGUAAUUAGUAUAAUCACCGGGUUACGAAGCUUCUGUGAUUUUACGUAGCUUCUGAUGUGCAUUUACUAUGGUAAAGAGCAAUUGUACAAAACAAAAUUAUCGAUUGGUUACUAAUUAAAAGUCUUUCAAGAUUAAAGAUUUA